CAUUUUAUACAUCUUCCAUUUCAGCUCAUAUGAAUUUCAACACCUUUGGGGUAUCACAACAAAAGCAACACUGAAAGUGAGUUUUUUGAAGUGCUUGAGUGAUAUCUCAAAUGGGUAACCACAGGUUCAAAUUUUCAGAUAUGAUACCAAAUGCUUGGUUUUACAAACUAAAAGAUAUGAGCAAAUCAAGGAAGCAAAAUGCAGGUUCUCAUGUGAUGAAGAGCAAACCUACCUCACCAACAACAGCAUCCCAAAGGUCACAGCCAAGAUAUUCACAUUAUUUCUCCACUGAACCCUUUCACACCAAACACUUGAACAUCCCUUUCAAUGAUUCACCAACAAGGUCCAUAUCCAAGAGAAGGUCAAGGAGAAAAACCAUUUACAAGCCUUCAAAUGAUUGGACAAGUCCACAUCAAGUCCAGUCACCAAACUAUGAUGUUUCCUCCAUUGAAAAUUCAUCUCAAUCUGAUCUCCAAGAAUGUGUUAAUUCUGAGUCUGAAUGUGAUGCCUUUUCUGUUCCUGACUUGCUAAAUGGAAUAGCCUCUAAUUGCAGCUGCAGAGUUAGUUCUUCCACCAAUGACAUCGUCAUUGACAUGAAAAAUGAAUCCUUCCAUGGAAAUUCUCAAAAGCUAGAUGAGUUUGAUACAAUUUCACAGACAAGUCUAGCUCCAAUUUUGACAAAGCAAGUGGAGUUUGAUGAUGAGGUAAGUGAAGCCACUGAAGUGAGAAGUUCAAAUGAAUCAGAGAUUGAUCAGUCUUUCUCUAUCAAAAUUUGCAAAGAGGAAACUAGUAGAACUCAAAGAAGGAGAAAGAAAAAUUAUAACUCUUCAGGCAUAAGGCUUAGAGUCAAUUCUCCAAAGCUAGGAAGCAGAAAAGUUCAAGGCUGUGCAAGAAGGAGUGUGUCAUCUGGUGCAAGCAAAGAUUCAAGGAAUGCAGGAUUUCCAGAUGGAUUUGCUGUUGUUAAGUCCUCAUUUGAUCCACAGAGUGAUUUCAGGGAUUCAAUGGUGGAGAUGAUUGUGGAGAACAAGAUCCGGGAAUCAAAAGAUUUGGAGGAUUUGCUUGCCUGCUAUCUUUCCUUGAAUUCAAGUGAAUACCAUGAGCUUAUUGUUAAAGCAUUUGAGCAAAUUUGGUAUGACAUGGCUCAACUUAGAAUGUAACGAUUUUAAUAGUUAUUCAAUGCAUGUUUAUAGUCUUGUAACUACAA